UGGACUUUGAGGUCUGGGUAGAUUAUCUGCAGCUUUUCCUGCAGUGCGAUAGGGAAGACGGCCUCUCCCUGUUUGACCUCACUUCUGGUCCUCCCGCCCCUCCCCCGCCCCUGCUGCUGAUGCUGACGCCACUGGACCACUUCCUCUCUGUUUGCCCCACCACUCUCACCGUUGACCUCCUCGAGAAGGCCCUCCUAGCGAUAGAGAAGAGCAUAGUCGCUGUAGGAGCCUCUCGUGGUGACCCUCGCACCCCCGUCUUUGAGGGUGUUCUCCCUCACCCCCUCUUGCCCUCUGUUGCCUCUGCUGCUGCGGCCGACCUCGUUGGUUUCGAGUCGGUCGGCGCUGCGUCUGCCCCGAGCGGGAGACGCCGCACCGGCAAGGGCAAGGGGGCAAGGGCACUGGAGGGGGUGGAGGGGGCGGUGGAGGUGGUGGUGGAGGCGGCGGAGGGAGUGGGGUGGUGGUGGAGUGUGCCGGGGGUGGCGGUGGCGGCGGCAGCAGUGGAGGCGGCGGAGGGGGUGGAGGUAGCGGAGGGAGCGGAGGCGGCGGAGGUAGUGGAGGAGGCGGAGGUGGAGGAGGCGGCGGAGGCGGCGGAGGCGGCGGAGGGGCGCGGCCGGCGGGCGCGGUGGUGGAUGCGAGUAGCGACUUUGCGCCAAGGAGUGGCGACGGUGGUGGCCGGGGUUGCUAUCUUUGAUCUUGACUUUGAUGCUAUUCUUGCUGCCAUGUAUGCUUUUGCUGAUAGUGUUGAGGGUGCCUGUUACCUGUGUGUACCGCCUGACCUGGGCAUUGAGGCUGCUGCGCUAGGUGCUCCAGGGUCGAGCCUGUACACCCUUACUGCUGAGUCUCCUCCUACUGCUGAGUCUGCCCAGGUAGCUGCGUCGAGUCGGGUGUUUGCUGCAGCGUCCAGGUCUGGUCCUGAGUCUGCCCCCUGCUCGUGUCGUCUGCUGUCCCACCAGACUCUUUCCUUUGGCAACACCGCCUUGGGUCACCCCUCCUUGCCUCGUCUCCGAGGCAUGGCCUCCCGUGUCCUUGUCUCUGGUCUUCCUCGGUCUCUCCCUCCCCUUCCUCUGGGGCCUGGCCCUACCUGCGUCCCCUGCGUCGAGGGGCGACAGCGCGCCGCCCCUCACUCCUCCGAGUUUCCUCCGACAGAGGCUCCGCUGCAGACUCUACACAUGGACGUGUGGGGCCCCGCCCGCGUCAGUGGGCAGGGGAGAGAGCGGUACUUUCUGCUGGUCGUUGACGACUACUCGCGUUACACCACAGUCUUCCCCUUGCGCAGCAAGGGUGACGUCACUGAGUACGUCACGCAUCAGCUCAACCUUCAGCCCGGGUCUCCUUGCGAGAGACCUCCCCCGCCUUGCGGUGGACAGGGAAGGUUGGCGAUGCGUCUGCGUUUCGGGUCUGGGAAUCUCGGGCGUUUGUCCGCGACUUGUCUGCGGACAAGCUGUCCCCCCGUGCUGUUCCUUGCGUCUUCCUUGGCUUCCCCCUUGACGCGCCUGGCUGGCAGUUUUAACCACCCCACCACGCGCCGUGUUCUGUCCUCCCAAGACGUCACCUUUGACGAGUCGGUGCCUUACUACCGUCUCUUCCCCUACCGCACUGCGCCCCUCCCCCCGCCGCCGCUCUUCCUUGCGCCAGGUGCUACCCAGGUAGACCCCCUCCCUCCUCACGGUCCUGCCCCUUCAGCCUGGGGGUGCUGGGUCUGCUCGUGUGGCCGCCGGCGGUGCUUCGUCGAGGCGGGGAGCCGCUCUCUCCACAGGAGCUGCGCGAGUGGUUCGCCCGCCGCUGGAGACGUGCUGCUGAGUCUGGGGGUGCUGCUGGAGCUGCUGUCGGUGCUGGGUGCUGCUGGAGGUGGAGCUGCUGGGGGUGUUGGCGCUGGUGUUUCUACUGGUGCUGGUGCGUCUGGGGGUGCUGCUGAGGCUGGAGCUGCUGGGGGUGUUGGCGCUGGCGAUGCUGCUGGCGCUGGUGAUUCUGAGGGUACUGGAGUUGGCGCUGUUGGAGCUGGAGGUUCUGCUAGCGCUGGUGCUGCCGCUGGGGAUACUGGUGCCUUGCAGUCACAAUUACAGCCCGCCUCCCCACUACCUGCUCCUUCUCCCUACACUGGUCCUACUGGAGGUCUUGCUGAGCGUCGUGAGCCUGCGUCUCGUCCUACGUCGCCUGUUCGUGCUGCUCGCACUAGUCGUCGUGCUGCGCGUCCGCGUCCUCCUCCGGUCCCCGGCACACACCAGAUGGCACUGCGUCCGUCCACUGCUCCUCUGCGUGUCCCUUUGCCGUCUCCUCCAGAGUCCUCUCUUCCUUCUCUUGCUAACCCCGAGUCUGACUCCCUUCGUGCUGCUAGUCCUUCGGUCACGCGCCUUCUUGCUACUGUUGUCACUGACCCUUCCUUUCAGUCCACUGCUGCGUCUGCUCUAGUUGCUGAGCUUGUCGACUUCGCUGCUCGCUGUUGUCUAGACUACGCUGCGAGUCUUGUUGCUGAGUCUGAGUCUGUUUGUCCUCUGUCCGUCGAGGGUGAGUGUGCUCUUAGCACGGACGUCCUUGAGGACAGGCAAGAGGAGUUCCAGUGCUUUGCGGCUGCUUUGCCCCAUCUCGUGUCCACGCUGAUUGCCCCUAAGGGAGACCCAGAUGCACCAGACAUCCCGACUCCUCGAUCGUACGCUGAGGCGAUCGAGGGUCCGUACUCCUCUCAGUGGCAGUCGGCCAUGGACGCAGAGAUGGCUUCCUGGAAGUCCACAGGCACCUACGUUGACAAGGUUUCCCCACCUGGGGCGAACAUCGUCAGUGGGAUGUGGAUCUUCCGGGUGAAGCGGCCGCCGGGCUCUCCGCCUGUCUUCAAGGCGUGUUACGUGGCUCGAGGCUUCAGUCAGCGGCAGGGAGUUGACUACUUUCAGACCUUCUCUCCCACCCCGAAGAUGACCACUCUUCGGGUGCUGCUGCACAUAGCCGCUCAGCGCGACUACGAGCUUCACUCUCUUGACUUCAGCACAGCUUUCCUGCAGGGCAGCCUCCACGAGGAGAUCUGGCUGCGCCACCCUCCUGGCUUCACUGGGUCGUUUCCUCCUGGUACCCAGUGGAGCCUCCGGCGGCCAGUCUACGGUCUCCGCCAGGCGCCACGUGAGUGGCACGACACAGUGAGGACUACACUUGCGGCUCUUGGGUUUGCUCCUUCUACAGCCGACCCGUCGCUGUUUCUACGCACUAACACCUCUUUGCCGCCGUUCUACAUCCUCGUGUACGUCGACGACUUGGUCUUUGCCACUGCUGACACUGCUGGACUCGCCCACGUGAAGUCCGAGCUGCAGAAUAGACACACGUGCACAGACCUUGGUGAACUGCGCAGCUACCUUGGCUUGCAGAUCACCCGGGACAGAGCACAGCGCACCAUUACCCUGACUCAGUCACACAUGGUGCAUCAGAUCCUUCAGCGCUUCGGCUUCACGUACUCCUCGCCUCAGGCCACUCCUCUGCCUACUCGCCACUCGCUCUCACCUCUGCCUUCGGAUGAGUCCGCAGAGUCGAGUGGCUUGUACCCAGAGCUUGUUGGCUGCCUCAUGUACCUGAUGACCUGCACACGACCUGACCUUGCAUACCCUCUUAGCAUCUUGGCACGCUAUGUUGCUCCUGGGAGACACAGACCAGAGCACAUGGCUGCAGCGAAGAGGGUGUUGCGCUACGUGUGCUGUACGUCGGGCAUGGGGCUAGUGCUUGGAGGGCGACGUCGAGUGGUUCUCACAGGUCACGCAGACGCUUCUUGGGCUGACGACCAGGCUACGCAGCGGUCGUCACAGGGUUAUACCUUCAGCCUUGGUUCCGGCUCUGUUUCGUGGCGGUCUACCCGCUCGUCCUCUGUUCUCGGCUCCAGCAGUGAGGCUGAGAUCUACGCAGGGGCCAUGGCUGCACAGGAGCUACACUGGCUCACCUACCUUCUGACUGACCUAGGAGAGCCGCCUCGUUCUCCUCCAGUUCUGUACGUAGACAACAAGGCCAUGCUGGCCUUGUGUCGGGAGCACAGACUGGAGCACACAACGAAGCACAUUGCUCUCCGCUACUUCCUGUCUCGUGAGCUGCAGCAGCGUGGUUAG